AUGGCGGCGAAUGAACCGACACCGGGGCCUUCGAACGCGAAAAAGUGUAGGAAGAGUGACCAAUAUACUGACCAUGAGUUACUACGUGUGUUAGAAGAUAGUGAUGUAGAGUUCAGAGAGGACGAACCAGAUGAGGGUGACUGGCAUUUGGAGACUGCAGAAACAGACCACAGUGAUGACAGUGUGGAAGCAGAACUGUCCAGUAUGUUUCGUGACAGUUCGGAAUCGGACGAUACGGGCGACGAUGAUGAGGAAAUCGCCGACGAUAAAGAACCAGCGCUCGCAGAGGUAAGCAAACCAGGUGUUACGUGGCAUGAAGAACCACAUGGGAUGCAGUAUCACCCGUUUACGAAAGCAGAAUGUUUGCUGAUGAAGCCUGCUGGCAAUACGCCAAUGGAUUUCUUUAGGCUACUGGUUACAGAUGACAUACUGCAGCUCAUAGUUGACGAAACAAAUGAUAACGCACGGAAUAUAUUUGCGAGCGCAAAUACACAAGAGGGCUCUAGAAUUAGUAAUUGGAAACCCGUAAGUAUAGAAGAAAUACUUGUCUUCCUGGGGAUUUCAUUACAUAUGGGUAAUGUCAAAUGUGCCCGACUACAAGACUACUGGAAGAGGGAUCCGCUGUUCGAAAAUAAAGGAAUAACGAUGAGUAUGAGCAGAGACAGAUAUUUGCUUAUCUUACGCGCAUUGCAUUUUGCAAAAAAUCCAGAGUCAGGCGAACAGAAACCAAAUGAUCGACUGUAUAAGAUACGCUCUAUAUUGAAUUAUUUCAACAACAAAAUGUGUAAUGUGUAUUAUCCAGGUAGGGAUCUCUCUUUAGAUGAAUCAAUGAUUCUUUGGAGGGGACGAUUGUCAUUUAGACAAUACAUAAAAAACAAAAGAAAUAAGUAUGGCAUCAAAUUGUACAUGCUAAAUAACCCAGACGGCUUUAUCAAUAAAUGCGCUGUGUACACGGGGAUGCGUGGUGAUAUGGGGGGAAAAGGGCAUGCUGAAAAGAUAGUAUUGCAUUUGUUAGAAGAGAAGGUGAAUGUUGGCCAUCACAUUUACAUGGACAAUUUUUACAACAGCUUUGCCUUAGCUAAAACCCUGUUGAAGGCAAAAACACAUUGCACCGGGACACUAAGGGUAAAUAGGAAAAAUACCCCUAAAGACGUGGUAUGCGCCAAGCUGGGGAAAGGGGACACCAUAGCACGAUAUUCGGACGGGGUAAUGAUCGGCAAAUGGAAGGAUAGACGAGAGGUCUCCUAUAUUUCCACAGAAUACCCCAAUACAAUGGAACAUGUGCAGAAUGCACGCCAGCAAAUAGUCGCGAAACCACUGCCAAUUAUCAGAUAUAAUAGUUGUAUGUCUGGGACCGAUAGGCAGGACCAGAUGUUGUCUUAUUAUUUAUGUGAACGAAAGACAAUCCGCUGGCCAAAGAAACUAUUCUUCCAUGUAGUUGACAUGCUAAUGUUCAAUGCACAUUACCUAUAUAAUAAAUACUCAGGGCAUAAUAUGACUUUGUAUGAUUAUAGAAUACAAAUAAUAAAGGGACUACUUCCACCAAUGGACGUUACAAAAGGUGUGCGUAACAAAUGUAAAGACACACAUGUUGUGCAAAAGCGGGACGCAACGGAAGGGACGAAGCAAGUUAUGCGGAAGCGAUGUAAAACGUGCGUGGCACGGGGCAAGCGUACGGAUACACCAUACGUGUGUAUAACGUGUCCAAACCAACCUGGAUUCUGUUUGAACUGCUGCACAAUUACACAUCCAUAA